AUGAUUGAGUUUUGUCUUCAUUCAAUCGUAAUUCUCAUCAGAAAUUUUGCUUCUCUUUAUUAUCCACCUACUCACACACCUCAAAAAGGUAACAAAGGCAAAAUUCCAAAAACUUGGUUUUUAAGAGCAAUUUACGUAUUUGCCCAUAACGAUUGUUAUGAAUGGUUUAGUGAUUCUAGAAUGCCUUUAGAGACGAUUAAUAAUUGUCAAAUUAAUAAUAAUAAUUUUUGUUCUAUGAUUUAUGAGGUGAUCCCAUAUAUGUUAAAUUUGGGUAUCACUUCUACUCUUCGAAAGGGAUUACAAUCACCCACAAUAUGUGGUUUUCUUGCACGUUUAGUGAGUGAAAUUAAAAAUAACACAUUAGGAUGUUCGUUUAUGAAGAACAAAAUGAGUUUGAAAGAUUUAAAACCUCAAGAUAAAUAA